UCCAGGCUCCCGUAGAAAACCAAAGAUUAUAACUGAGCUUUUGGCGCUCGUCCUGCGGCUCUGCAGACAAGAGAUAAAGAGGUGGCUGACCGCGUGGUAAGAAGGCAUCACUGAAGCGAUUCCUGUUGUUUUUUUAGGAGCACAUCAUGGGCAAGAAGCAGAAUACCAAGGGAAAGAAGGAUGCACAGGAGACACAGGAGGAACCGGAAGAAUUUGUUGUGGAAAAAGUACUGGACCAGCGUAUAGUCAAUGGGAAAGUAGAAUUCUACUUGAAGUGGAAAGGAUUUACAGAUGCUGACAAUACCUGGGAGCCAGAGGAGAACCUGGAUUGUCCGGAGCUGAUUUCAGCGUUUUUGGAGUCGCAGAAGAACGUUGCAGAGAAGCCUGCUCCCGUUAAGAGGAAGGCCUCAACAGAUGAGCCAGAGACGGAAGCAAAAAAGAAAGAUGUGGCUGAGAAACCGCGUGGCUUUGCUAGAAACCUUGACCCAGAACGGAUCAUUGGUGCAACAGACAGUAGCGGAGAGUUGAUGUUCUUAAUGAAAUGGAAAGACUCAGACGAAGCGGAUUUGGUCCCAGCACGUGAGGCGAACACUCGCUGCCCUCAGGUGGUCAUUUCCUUCUACGAGGAGAGACUGACAUGGCAUUCCUGUCCGGAGGAUGAAGCUCAGUAGUACUUUCUUAUGAUCCCUGCAGUCCUUUGCACCAACUACAUCCUUUUCCUCAGGACUGAUUUUUUUUCUUCUCUGGUUUGCCUUCUAGUUUUAGCUAUCUUAGUUAUUUUUGAAGAUGUUUCAAGACUUGAAUUGUAUGGCAGUCGAGGAGAGCUAUGUUGUUGUACAUAUUAGCUGAAUUGAUUGUGAGAAAACAGGUGAUGGUGUUUUGAUGUAUAAUGAAAGAAGUCUUCCGGUGUCAUUUUAUGAUUUAUCUGAUGGCAGUUUAGAAACCAUACUUUAAUAGCACCCACCACUGCCUAUAUUCAUACCCGGUCAAAUUUUGUAAAAGGCUACUUUGUUUUGUUAAACUGUCAACCACCUCUUGUAUUACCAUCUCAAUCUCAUGUAAGAUACAGAUUUUUUUUUUGUUUUGUUUUGUUUUGUUCACACUAGCGCUGAUGUUUUUUUUCUAAAAGUGCAUUUUGUAUACUUUGUCUGUAAAUAUUAUUUGAAGUUCUAAUAAAGGUUUUAUGUGACCAAAUUCCA